AUGCCACCUCAGCCAGGGAUGUUCGCCCUCCCAUACGCCUCGACGCAUAAGGCGCGCGGGAUGUCUAUCCCUGGCGCGGACGGGUACGCGCCGCACCAGAUUGUGGGCCCGAGUGGGAGCAGGCACGAAGAGGGGAAGCGGGAGAAGAAGCGCAAGGACGUGUCGGGCAAGGUGGGGAGGGAGAUGAGCGAUAGGCGGAACGAAGGCCGACAUAUCACCGAAUCCAUUUCAGCCUUACACAGCUCCGCGAUCCAGCUCGCGUCACGGCCUAGUACGCAUCCCUUGUACACGCUACGCAUGUACCCCGUCUCGCUCGAGCGCUCUGCAAUGCUCGUCGAGCUUGACUACGGUGAGCGGCACGAGCUCGGGUGCGUCGAGACCGCGUACGAAGAGGAGCGCGAGCGCGUUGAGGAGGAAUGGCGCAAGGGCCGCGAACGCGUGCGCGAGCGGCUGCUUGAGGGCAUUGAGGAACAGAGGCGGAGGGCGCGGGAGGAGAAAGACGGGGAGGGUGUUAUUAAUGACGUCUCACUGGAUUCCCACUCGCGCUCGCAUAUAACCCGUAAACUGCGCAACAAAAUCGGCGCCUCGCCACCGCCCACGCCCGCACCGUCGGGAGGCGCCAGCGGCCCCAAUGGGCCCAUGCAGCUGUCCAACGGCCUUCUGUCCAAUCCACACUCGCUCGCCGUCGAAGAGCUCCCCUCUCCGUUCCCCUUCCCUCUCACAGCAGUCCCUCUCACGUCUGGCAGCGGCCCAGGUGCAACAGGGGGCGGAAACGGCGGUGGAGGCGGAAGGCGAAGGAACAAGGGCGGCGGGGGCGACAAGAACGGGGACAAGAACGGUGUGCAGAAGAGCUUGCUGCCGUUGCAGACCGUCAAGGACGCGGAGAUCGAGGCGGACCUAAACGAGAUACGGAGAGGAAACAAGCGGAGGAGG